UAACUACUAAAGUCCGCCAUUUGUAGCUACUAGCAAGUGGCAGUGCAUGACUGUCACGUUUGUUUGGAAAAUUACAAUCCUAGCAAUCUUUUCAUUUAUUUUAAUAUAUUCGAAAAGUAAAUAUAAAGAGACGGCUUUGCCAAUAAAAAUAAGAAAAGUGAAUAAGAAAUAAUACACGUUGGAGACGUAAACGAUUUUAUUGUUCCCGUCAAAGACAUUGCAAACAAAAUGCCUAAACGUGGAGGUGGAAGAGUUAGAAACUGGAAAGCAGACAAUGAUUAUUUUGAACAUGACAGAGAUGACCGCGCGCAUAAUAGUAACACACGUCGUGUCAGUUUCAAACCAGGCACAAAUAAACGCCAGAACAAGUUUAAUAAAAACUGGAAUGAGUCUGCAAAAUUAUUGCUGGAUGAUGACAUUGAUAUGGCAGGCAAUGCAGGUCAGGUGGCCAUACAUAAAGGGGGCUUCCGCGGCCGUGGAGGCAGACUCAACUCCCCUGCCCCAAGAUCACACCUGGCAAAGCGAAAAUUCAUUGUGGGAAUGUUGCCCUGGUAUCAGAUAAUUAUUCCUUAUGGAGCAAAACAUGAAAAAGAAGUAAUCCUCAAAGCAUUGUAUAGCCAUUUACAAGAUAGAUUUAUUCCACAUUAUUAUAAAAUAAGUGGGAAUGCAGCAAUAUUUUAUGUUGAUGACGUAAAGAUAGCUGAAAAACUUUACAAUGCAGACAGGAAGAUAAUAAUGUCUGAUGGUUUCAAAUUGGUUCUCAUUGUGAAGAACUCUGUGCCCAAUGUGGCAAUUGAUGCUGAAAUGAAAGAAAAGAUGAAGCUGACAAUGGCUAAGAGAUAUAAUGCUGCAACAAAGGCUCUGGACUUGACAAAGUUCCAUGCAGAUCCAGAUUUGGCUGAUAUAUUUUGUGCACUGUUCCGGCCAAUGAUAAUGUUGGCAGCCAUAGACAUCAUUGCUGAGAACAUUCCUGAUCUAGAGGCGUUGAACCUCAACGACAACAAACUCCAUGGACUUGAACACAUGAAGAUACUCGCUACAAAGUUCAAGAAUUUGAAGAUAUUGUACAUGGGAGAUAAUAGAAUCCCAUUCCUUGGGUCACUGGAACCACUGAAGAACCUGCCGCUAGUGGAGCUGUAUCUAAAGGGCAAUCCCUUGGUGAACAGGUUUCAGGAUCAUGAGAUCUACGUCAGCGAUGUGCGGAAGAAGUUUCCCAAGCUGACGAGAUUGGACGGAGUGGACCUACCACCGGCGAUCGGCUUCGACGUAUCAGAAGACGUGGCCCUGCCGCCACGCGUUCAGUCGUUCCUUGUGAACCCAGCCGGGCAGGGCCUGGUGGCCGACUUCCUCACGCAGUAUUUCGCCAUUUACGACUCUGAGUCCCGGCAGCCGUUGCUUGAGGCCUACCACGAGAAUGCCUGCAUGUCCAUGGCGGCAGGAUACAUGAGCCACGACGCCAGAAACACGCAGUCGACAAGACUGAACACAUACCUGCCAAACAGUCGCAACCUGAUCAGGAUAACAGACAGGGAGGCCAGGAGGAGGUACUUGCGCACAAGUCGGUUGCAAGUGGUCACCUUCCUCUCGGAACUGCCGAAGACCAAACAUGACCUCAUGGGAUUCGCUGUUGAUCUUAUUGUUUUUACUCCUCAAAUGAUAACGCUGUCGAUGAACGGCGUGUUUAUCGAGACUCACACGACAGACAACCCGACGCGCUCCUUCCACCGAACGUUCGUCAUUGUUCCCAAUAACAACGGAGGGUUCUGCAUAGUCAACGACAUGUUGUUUGUCACCAACGCUUCUAAGGAUCAGGAAAGCAAAGCGUUCGCCGGGGCCGAAACGACGCCCGCCGCCGCCCCCGCCCCCGCGGCCCCUGCAGCACCCGUCGCCUCCGCGAUACCCGCUGGCGAGGACCAGCAGAAACAGUUGCUAGCACUGCUGAGCCAGCAGACCGGCAUGAACGAGCAUUGGAGCGUCAACUGUUUGCAAGAAACCGGAUGGGACCUCCAGAGGGCGCUGUUCAUCUUCAACCAGCUUCACUCAGAAGGCAAGAUACCGCCAGACGCGUUCGUCAAAUGAGAUGAGAUGAGAGGCUGAGCCUUAUGUAAAUAUAGAUAAAAAUAUUAUAAUUAUUGGGGUUCCUAAAUCUCGGCGGUUUGGAUUCAAGUUUUCUGGCGAAGAGACAUGAAGAAAGAAAAAAAUGCCUUUAUUACAUAGUUUAAAUAUAUUUUUAUGAUUAGAGUAAAUUGUAAGAUAUAAAAAAAGUAAAAAAGUGAGUUAAAUAAUAAUAUAGAGUGUCGUAACAAUUCAGUAAAGUCAUAAACUUAACACGUUCGCUGUGUAUGAACCACAUAUGAGACAAUAAAUUUGAAACUCAUAUGUGCAUGUCCCAUAUGUGGGGCACAUUUUUUCUUGCUAUAGUGUGUCUAUGUACAUAAAUUCCAAUGUGUUUAUCGAAAAAUAACAUUGCACGUGAGGGGUUAAUAUCUAAUUUUCCGUUACACAGCGAAUGUGUUAAGUUACUUCUAAACUGUCAAAAAGUAUAUCCUGUAAACGUCUUAAGGCACAAAAAAAUCAAUUUGCCUCUUUUUGUAAAAGGACGGUCUUGUAUUAGUGUAGAUGAAACUGUACGAGAAAUUGAGCUAAUAAGACGUUACUUUGAUGUGGUUUAAAACAUACUUUCGAGUAAUUGCUAGUGAUUGGAAAGUGACAAAAUGUAUAUGUACAUUACAUGAUAGAGUAUGUAUAAGCUUCGUCUAAACAGUACAUAAUAUUAUGUAAAAAUGUUCUGCAUUCAAGAGGAAUUUUAUGUUUGUACGUCGAAUAAUUGUGUUUUAUGUUAACUUAAUCUCAAUUUAAAAAUAAGAAACGAAAACAAAUCAUAAGUUAAAAAAUAUUGCAAAAAAAAAUGACAGCUAAAAAGUGAUUUGAAAAUCUAGCGUUUAUUUUUAUUUAGAAAUCUUGUGAUACAAUUAAGAUUAUUAGCGAUGAUUAUAUGAUUAACAUAAAAAUAUAUUUUUCAAAGAAUAUACACAAGCUAGGUUUUCAAAGUCAACGUGAAAAAAAAAUAAAAAAAUAAAAGAAAAUAUAACUUUCUUAACUUGUGAUUAGUAUUUGCUAAAGUAUGUUGUUAAAAUCAUAAUAGUACACCACACUUAUUAGUUAAGUUUGUCAUGUGAGCCCACUUUUGUUAUAUAGUAAAUAUCUGCUGGAUUACUGCUCACUAAAAACGAAAAAGGCAAUUGUCAUGGAUAUAUCAAUUUCGUCAAUAUCUGACACAUUAAUUUCUAAUUUAAUUGUUGUUUUUGUAAAUAAUUAACAAGGCGCUAGAAUAGAUUGGGGUGAACAGGCGAUUGUGACGGUCGGUUGGAGUUCGCAUUGUCAUGGCUUGGUUGCGUACGGCGUUCGUUGUUAUGAGCACUGCUAUUGCCAUAUGAAUGGUGACUUACGGUCAAAGUACCGCAGGGUUGUCGCAGCGGAACCCCGUAUAGUGGGCUAGCUGCACGUGGUAGUACAACCCUACACGAGCUAUGGUCAAACGACGCCGCGUUACGUGCCGACUGUUGAGGACGAAGCCGAUACUUAACGUCGUUCUGUUCGGGAGCUUAGGACGUAGCCCUGUGAAAUUUAUAACUAUAAGACUGUAUUAUAUAGUUCAAUAAAUACUUCUUUUAAGUAA